CACUCGUCGACGUGAAUGUUUGGGUGAUGAGCACCGGUCGCCAUGGACACCGAGAGCGCCGGCACCAGCGCUCUGCGUUUGCGGGCCGAGAGCGCACUGAGGGCUUUGGCCGAGGGUCGGCGGCGCCUGGCACAUGGUGUGACAGCUGUGGCUCAGUUACAAGAGGCUUUGGAAGAGCUGCGUGAGACCCAACUGGGUAUCAAUUUGAGGGAGGUGCAGGAGAGCAUCGUGGAGCAUAGUGCGAUGUAUGCCAAGAAUCCAGAGGUCUUGGGUGGCAUGUUGCAUUUGGUCUUUUCUUUGGAUUUGCUAAAUCAGUGGCAAAGCAAACGCGAAGAGGACCUUCAGGAACGCUUCCGACAUUUGGAAGCCUUGCAGGCAGAGAUGAUGUGCUCUCGUCACACGGUGGAUCAGCUCACCAAAGAGGUGCGUGAGGUUACGAGCCUCUCCGUUUCGGGUGCGUGCCCCGACACGCCCACCUCCCCGGGCGCUCGUCCCGCGCAGUGGGAGCUGCAGGAGCUGCAGCAGGAGAACGCCCGGCUGCGGCAGCUCCUGGCGCAGCAAAGCGCAGAGCCGGUGGCGCUGGAGCCGGUGGCAUCGCCACGCAGCGCGCGUGGCAGCGCGCACAGCGUGUGGUUGGCGGCGUUGGAACCAUUGGAGCCGCUGCUGGCGGCAAUGCCCAUGGGAAGUCAAGAGGCGCUGGAUUUGCAGGAAGAAGCUUGUGAGGCUUAUGGCCAUUUGCGGCGUGUGGUGCUGCAAGCCGCUCGGGUCUGAUAUGGGCCAAAGUUGCCCGCCAGCACGGUGCCAAUGUUGAAUAUUGGGAUAGGUCCAAAAAAGGUGCUACGUUGUAGGAUGUUGUAGGCCAGAGUG